AUGGCGCGGCAAGAGUCCACACAGCUUGGCACCAAAGCUGUCGCAGGAGUUGUGGGCCCACCUGACAGCCAGCGCGCAAAAGGGUUUUUCAGUCCCGGGGGUUUUAAACGACACGGGCGUGGAGAUAUGGAGAGGGGGGUUAACUACGGAGAUGAGAUCCUCGUCGGGGUGGAAGAUGCCAAGGAGGAGAAGUUUGAGCUCGGCGAGUGGAGUCGAUGGGCGCACUGCUUCAACGGGUCGGCUGUCUGCGGAAUCGAGAUUCGUUACGAAGAGCCUUAUGUGGGUGACGACGCAGCUGUGACUGAUUUGGUAAUGUACUGUUGCGACAUGGGUGCCUUGGACGAGGAGGAGACAGAAGCAUGAAGUGUGAAGGAGGGUGUGCGUUGUACUCACCCAUGCAGAGCGUGUUCUUGGUUGAAUUAAAGGGGGAAAAACUACG